AGAAAUAAAUUUUUUGUUUGUUUGUUGUAAAACAAUGUUUCCAACAAGAAAUUUACAUGUUAGUGAAGUUUUUUCGGCUCGGGAAUAUGUUCUAAAUGCGCGAAAUUAACGUUCAAGUGAUAAAAAUAAAAUAGAAAAAGAAAAAUUGUGGUUAAUUCGGUCGUAGAAAUUUUUUGCUAAUACGAAGCAAGGUUAUCGGGGAAAAAAUUUAUAUACAAAAAAAAAUAAUUUUCUAAUUGGUGUGUGUGUCAGUUGUGAAACGCCAGCAACAAUAACAACUAGAAAAAAUAUAAAUAAAAACGAAAGCCUGCUUGCUGUGUGAUUUAUAAAUUGGUGGCGACAACAACACCAAAGCAAAUUUAUAAGCGGUUCCUUGCAUCCCAAUUGAAAAGCUGCAAAUUGUUGGUCUUCAUCCAGUUGCUCAAAUAUUUGGGCAUGCAAAUUAUUGAAACAAGUUGGAGUUGAAUCAGCAUUAUAGUAAGGUUACGCUACAUUUUCAAAAUGGCUUUGGCCGUUUCAUUGCGUAAAGCGUUGCUAAUGCUCCUCACCGCUAUGAUAUUUGUGCUGAUGGUCUUGUAUUGGAAUCAAGGUGGCAUCAAACCUCAAUCGUACAUCAAUACAUAUGAAAAGUCCGUUGGCAGUAGAGAGGCGUUAAGUGAAUUUCCAAUACCUGUGGAGAAAAUUUGGACCUACAAAUGCGAGGGCGACAAAUGUGUUCGCUAUCAUUAUUUAACCUUGGCCAAGGGAGAGAAACGAGUGCCUUUUAUGAGCUGUUCCAUGACAUGUGGUGAUAUCAAUAUAUGGCCCCAUCCCACCAUUAAAUCUGGCGUUAGUUCUAAGUCUUUAACAUUUUCCAUGGAAGAUAUAGAAUUGCGUUUGGACACACCCUAUCCUCAGGUGGAAUCACAAUUCCGUCAAUCAUUUGAGCUUUUUCUCAAAGAUCUUAGGCGAAUACAAAGGCUAGAUUUUCGAGAUGCCAGCAGUGAAGGUGUGAUGGGUGGUGCUGCUGAGACAGCAGCAGUGGGAGCCGGAUCAUCGGCCGCCACCGCCUCCAAUCCUGGUCAUGUGGAUGAUGUACAUGAUAUUAAAAAACAUGUACAAAGACGUUAUGUCGACGCUGGGCAAACGGAAUCACACAGAUUGCGUUCCGAGAAUGUGGGAGCAGCCUCAAUACUGGCCAAUGCAUUUGGAGGUUCCCGCAAACGCUGUGAUAUCGAAACAUUUACCAUAAAUGUUUCAGUGCAUAAAUUCUCAGACCUGCAUUUAAAUUUUGACACAGACGAAAGCUAUCGUCUGACGGGUACAUUUGAAAAUGGUCACUACUUUGUGCAAAUAUCUGCCAACUCGUUUUUUGGAGCCCGCCAUGCUCUGUCCACCUUGGAACAACUGAUAUGGUUCGAUGAUGAGGAUAAUCUUUUGAGAACGCUUUCCAAGGUCAUAAUAAUUGAUGCUCCCAAGUUUCGGUAUCGUGGCCUCAUGUUGGAUACCUCUAGACAUUUUUUCUCUGUGGAGGCCAUCAAACGUACCAUCGCCGGCAUGUCCCAUGCCAAACUUAAUCGCUUCCAUUGGCACAUCACGGAUUCACAAAGUUUCCCCUAUGUCUCAAAACACUAUCCGGAGUUGGCAGCCCAUGGUGCCUAUUCGGAACGCGAGACUUAUACAGACGCCGAUGUGCGUGACAUAGUGGGCUAUGCCAAAUUGCAUGGCAUACAGGUUAUACCGGAAAUCGAUGCGCCAGCCCAUGCGGGCAAUGGCUGGGACUGGGGUCCUAAACGAGGCAUGGGCGAAUUGAGUCUGUGCAUAAAUCAACAGCCUUGGAGUUUUUAUUGUGGUGAGCCUCCCUGUGGCCAAUUGAAUCCCAAGAACAAUCACACUUACCUGAUACUGCAGCGAUUGUAUGAGGAACUUUUGAAUUCGACGGGACCCACGGAUUAUUUUCAUCUUGGUGGCGAUGAGGUGAAUUUGGAAUGCUGGGCCCAAUAUUUCAAUGACACUGAUUUGCGAGGUCUCUGGUGUGACUUUAUGAUGAAUGCCAUGGCUCGCUUAAAAAUCGCCAACAACAAUGUGGAGCCAAAAUAUGUAACAGUUUGGUCCAGUGGUUUGACCAACACGCGAUGUCUUCCAAAAUCCCAAUUUGCCGUACAGGUAUGGGGUGGCAGUACGUGGCAGGAGAACUAUGAUCUGCUAGACAAUGGCUUUAAUGUGAUAUUUUCGCAUGUGGAUGCCUGGUAUUUGGAUUGUGGCUUUGGAAAUUGGAGAGCAACAGGUGAUGCUGCCUGCUCUCCAUACCGAACAUGGCAAAAUGUUUACAAACAUCGCCCAUGGGAGCGUAUGCGUUUGGAUAAGACCCGCAGAAAACAAGUGCUGGGUGGUGAAGUUUGCCUAUGGACCGAACAAGUUGAUGAGGAACAAUUAGACAAUCGGUUAUGGCCCAGAGCCUCAGCGUUGGGAGAAAGAUUAUGGGCCGAUCCUGAUGAUGUAUCCGAUAUGGAUACAGUGCCGCAAGAGGUUUUCAAACGUAUGUCGGUAUUCCGUACACGUCUAGUGGAAUUGGGUUUGAAGGCUGAACCCAUAUUUCCGAAAUAUUGUGCUCAAAAUCCUGGCGAAUGCAUUUGAUAUUUUCUUUAAGUAUCACACACAUUCAAACCAUACACUAACUCACCACACUACACAUACAAACAUCCGACACAGGUAUAAACUUUGUUAGUUAAACAUACAAGAGUUUUGUUUUAUUUUAUAUUGAAAAUGAAAACAAAAUUAAAAAAAAAAUAUAAUAAUUAUAUUAAAACUAA